AGGCAGUCACAGUUGACUUCUGCUGGCUCUCUCUCGCUGCGCACGGGAGAGCAGCUCGGGCUCCCGGAGAGGAGCGUCGCGAAGCGGCCGCGCGCCGGACGGACCACACGCCCGCCGAGCCUCCGCCUUUUCCUCCCGGAAGCCUCGUCCACAGUCUCCCCGUCGUCGUCGUCGUCGUCGGGCGAGCGCUGGCGACGGCGACGGCGGCGGCGGUGGGGGGUCCGGCUCGAGGACCGACCGGCAUGGACCCCCGAGCAGCGACCGAGGCUCCGGCGGCCAGCCCGAGCGGGCCGCCCGCCUCGCUCGGAGCCGACGGCGGCGAGUCGGAAUCCGGCGCCGGCUCGGAGGAGACGUCGGCGGGAUGCUGCAGCGACACGUUCAGCAGCCUGCCGGACAUCGAGCACGAGAGCCUGGAGGACAAGCUGAGGGGGUUGGCGUUCCGGAAACAGACGUCCUAUCGGAAAGCCAUCUCCCGCUCGGGCCUCCAGCACCUGGGCCCGCCGCAGCCCGCCCCGCCCCCCGCCUCCAACGGGCCCAGCAAGGAGCCGCGCACCUGCAUGGACUGGACGGAGAACGCGGUCAACGGGGACCACCUGUGGAUGGAGACCAGCUGCUCGGGCGAGCUCUGCUACCUGGGAGAGGACGCCUGCCUCGUCAAGGCCGCGAAGUCUGCGCCCAGGAGGAAAUGCGCCGCCUGCAAGAUCGUCGUUCACACCAGUUGCAUGGAGCCGCUAGAAAAGAUCAACUUCAGGUGCAAGCCGACCUUCAGAGAGGGAGGAUCGCGCUGCCUCCGAGACCAGAACGUGCUGAGGCAUCACUGGGUGCACCGGCGGAGGCAGGAGGGGAAGUGCAAGACGUGCGGAAAGAGCUUUCAGCAGAAGUUUUUCCACAGUAAAGAAAUCAUCGCCAUCAGCUGUUCGUGGUGCAAACAGGCCUUCCACAACAAGGUGACGUGCUUCAUGCUGCACCAGAUCGAGGAGCCCUGCUCCCUGGGGGCUCACGCCGGCGUCAUCGUGCCCCCGUCCUGGAUCAUCAAAGUCAGGAAACCGCAGAACUCGCUCAAGAACUCGGCCAGGAGGAAAAAGCGGACGUCUUUCAAGCGCAGGACCAGCAAAAAGGGGCCCGACGACUCCAAAUGGCGACCGUUCAUGCUGAAGCCGCUGCCCUCGCCGCUCAUGAAGCCCAUCCUGGUCUUCGUCAACCCGAAGAGCGGCGGCAACCAGGGCGCCAAGCUGCUCCAGAUGUUCAUGUGGAUCUUGAACCCGCGGCAGGUCUUCGACCUGUCGCAAGGCGGCCUUCGGGAGGCAUUGGAUUUGUAUCGGAAAGUGCCAAACUUGAGGAUCCUGGCCUGCGGUGGAGACGGGACGGUGGGAUGGAUCCUGUCCACGCUGGACGAGCUGCAGAUGAACCCCCAGCCUCCGGUGGCCGUCCUUCCUCUGGGAACAGGAAACGACCUCGCCAGGACGCUCAACUGGGGCGGGGGCUACACGGACGAACCCGUGUCCAAAGUUCUGGGUCACGUGGAGGACGGCUCGGUGGUGCAGCUGGACCGGUGGAACCUGCAGGUGGAGAAGAGCGGCGAGGAGGGGCAGCCGGAGGACGGCACGCAGAAGCUGCCUCUCGACGUCUUCAACAACUACUUCAGCCUGGGCUUCGACGCUCACGUCACUUUGGAGUUCCACGAGUCCCGAGAGGCCAACCCUGAAAAGUUUAACAGCCGCUUCCGCAACAAGAUGUUCUACGCAGGAGCCGCCUUCUCGGAUUUCCUCCAGAGAAGCUCGCGGGACCUGUCCAAGCACGUCCGAGUGGUGUGUGACGGCACCGACCUGACUCCCAAGAUCCAGGAUCUGAAAUUCCAGUGCAUUGUGUUUCUAAACAUUCCCAGGUACUGUGCGGGCACCAUGCCCUGGGGCAACACCGGCGACCACCGCGACUUCGAGCCGCAGCGCCACGACGACGGCUGCAUCGAGGUCAUCGGCUUCACCGUGGCCUCGCUGGCGGCGCUACAGGUGGGCGGUCACGGCGAGAGGCUGCACCAGUGCAGAGAGGUGGUCCUCACCACCUUCAAGACCGUUCCCGUGCAGGUGGACGGCGAGCCGUGCCGCUUGGCGCCGUGCACCCUGCGCAUCUCCUUGCGCAACCAGGCCAACAUGGUCCAGAAGAGCAAGAGACGCACGUCGGUGCCGCUGCUCAACGAUAUUCAGAAGGUGUGUGCAGCGGAUCUGCGCCGCCUCUCUGCUCCCCCCGACUCCUUCUCUGUCCCCCACGCCGUCCCCGAACGUCUGCGGCUGCGGGUCAACCGCAUCGGCCUGCACGAGUACGACCGGCUGCAGUACGACAAAGAGCGCCUCCGGGACAUCUCCGUCCCGGUGGGCAUCGUGGUGGUGAGGGGCGACUGCGACCUGGAGACGUGCCGACUCUACGUGGACAGACUGCGAGAGGAUUUGCACCAGGCGCCUUCUCUCGGCCACAGAGUGCACUACCAGGAUGAGAGCCGGGGAAUGCCCAGGACCAUCUCGGCUGGCAGACUCUCUUCCAGCUGGAGCUUUUUGGAUUCCACUUCGGCCGACCGCUUUUACCGCAUCGACAAGGCGCAGGAACACCUGCACUUUGUCACGGAAAUUUGCCAGGACGAGGUGUUCAUCCUGGAGCACGAGGGCCCCGCGGGGGGCCAGGUGCCGUCGGGCGGCAUGCCCGAUCUGGUGGUGGAGCCCAACGCCGGUGCGCCUUUGACCGCGGAAGAACAAGCACUGUUGAUGGCCGCCAGCUCCGGGGAUCUCUCCAUGCUGUCGGAGUGCGUCCAUCACGGCGUCAGCCUGCUGGUGCGAGACGCCGCGGGUUGCUCGGCGUUGCAUAAAGCGUCUCAGAAGGGCCACGCCCAGCUGGUGGUCUACAUCCUGCAGCAGGGAUCCAAAGUUCUCCUCGACUUGCCGGACAGAGAAAAAGGGGACACGGCCUUGCACAAAGCCGCCUCGCAGAGGCAGCACGCCGUGUGUCGGCUGCUGGUGGAGGCGGGCGCGUCGCUCCAGAAAACCAACUUUCAGGGCAAGACGCCCGUGGAGCAGGCGGAGGGCGACUCGGAGCUGACCUCGUACCUGAGCAGCCAAAAAACUCCUUCUGCCCCCCACGAGGACUUGGAGACGGCAGUCUGACCCAAACACACACACACACACACACAUGCUCGUGAGCGGGCGAGGUGCAUCCAAACGUCACUUGAGGUGGACGUCGGUCUACGGCCAGGUUAUUUAUUUGAUAUUUAUUUAUUCAUAUUCUAUUUAUUCUGGCCGGUUCCGGUGGACUCGGCGGCGCGUUGCAGGAUGCGAGUAAAGUGCACUUUGGAGCAGCCGCCACGUUCGUCACGACUUUUGCGUGUUGCCGAGCUCAUUUGAGCGAAAAAAAAAAAAAAAAAAAGGCUUGAAAGAGAGAGAAGGAGAAGUCAACGUGCUGAAGUGUUUCCGCCCGUCAGAGCCGUUUUGCCAAAGACGCUAUGCACGCGUCGCGGGAACAACCCGGCGCCGAAGUCACAUGAUCGUCAGUAUUCUCUCACCAGUUCAAAAGCUACGACAAACUUUCGUUUGGGGCGCCAAGACCAAACGGGAAAGGAAAAGAGAGGCGAGAAAAAAAACAUUUGGCUCAGGAUCGGGAACGCCGGCCGAAGCCGUUUGGGAGAAAAACUGGAACUCAAUGAACAAAAAAAUCUUCAAGAUGAUUUUGUUUUUUUUUUUUCUGUUUCCAUAUUUGAUCAGCUCAUUCAUGGAUAAAUGUGGAUUUCAGUGCUGUCUUGAGAUCCGGAUGACCCGAAUUUCCUUCCCAGUUCAACUUGUCUGUCAAACUCAACAACGUACAAGCUUUGUAUCCCCCCCCCCCAAAAAAAAAAAAAAAAAAUGCAUAGCCUACUAUCUUAAUGCUAACACAAACGCCAGAGACAGGCUAACGAACAGCAUCCCUUGAAACGAUGGACAUUUGAACAGAAAUGGUGGCGCAACACAGGUAGACCAAUACUGUGGCAAUAAAGGAACGUAUUCUUUAGCCUCUGCGCAAAACGACUAAUAUUGCUUCAGCCGACUGAGGACCUGUGAGCGUCUCCGUGUGAAUUUGUACGCACAGGAACUGACUCAAAGAGCAGCACAAUGUCCGUUGAAUUGAAGAAAAGAGAUCUGGGUCACUCUUUACGUUUUCUUUGUCGUUAUGUUUCCAUAAAGUAUAAUACGAUAAUGGUGCUGUUUUGGAAACACGUUUUUGAAAACUCGUAUCUGAAGGCACCGCUGCAUGAUCAUUUUUGGUUUUGAACGUUUCAGUUUCUACUUUAGGGUCUUGAAUUCCAAGGAAACAGGUCAACACGUCAAAGUUGGAAGUCCAAACGUUGCAUCGGCGUCACAGAAGUGACAUUUAGUGCCAGUGCGUCAUUUCAAAAGCGAUCGAGCUUUCCAGCCGCCAUCCGUCCAUCCACUGAUGAAUUAUGCUCCGAGCCGUAUCCAAUGCAAUAUGUACAGCUGGCGUCUUGUUGCAUUUUUCUGCUCAUCGUUUACAUCGCAUGAAUGUUUUGGAAUAUUGGACGGGGGUAACGGCACUUACUGUACGUUCAGUCGGUUUCCAGAUUGUGGUCUUCUACUUUUUGCUUCGUCCCACCCUGUUUCACGAAUAUUUAUCGGCGAGAGCGUCGGCCACACGGAAGUACACUUUGAUGAAUGAAUUGCAUGCGACGAGGUCGCCUCGUGCGAGAUCUUUCAGGUCAGCCCGAGGAAGCUGUUUGCAAAAUGGCUUCCAUUUUGAACAACGCCUGGGCGUGUCCGUCGGAUUUGAUAAAUAAACCGUCGGGAGGAAUCGAAAAGAGCGAGUGUGAAAAAUGUAUCUGAUUGUGCGCCGCGACUGAAGAAGUUGUACAGUUUCCUGCUUAAAUUCUGCCUUGUACAUUUUUGCCGGCCUGUCUUCGAUCCCAACGGCCCACUCAGCGACGUUACAUAUUUUCUUUUCAAUGAUAUGCACGUGUUAUGUGUGUGGGCGUGGCCCGUUCUUCUCAACACACGGAUGGAUUUUGAACCUUUUGGAUUCCAUCGACUAUUCGCUGCAUGGAAUUUUCUGACCUCCUCGGCAUUCCAGUAUCGGCAAACAUGCAUUAUGAUGAUUAUUAUGGUUGUUAUUCUUAUGAGUUUUGGUUCAACUAUUAAAUUAUUAUUUGGAAUAUUUUACGGCUGACUUUCCUGCGGCGUCGUUUUUGUAUCGCUGCUGAAGAUGAAGAUGUUUUUUUGUUUUAAUUUGUCAGAAGACGCUUAAUUCCCUGUUCUUCUUUUGUGUGGUGGACUGCAUGUUUCCUCUUUUUUUUCUCCACGGCCACGUUCAUCCACACCUACUUCUGCUUCCUGCUCGGGGGGAAUCAAAGCUUUUCACAGACUACAGUAUUAAUACUUUAAUUUCAAUAAAAAGGCCGCGCUGAUCUCA